AUGAUAAAAUUACCCAAAAAAGGUAAACUUGAUCAAAUUCAAGAUGAAGAAGUCUUCUUGGAAAAUUUAGCAGUACAGAGAAAUGCUUCUGCCUUUUUUGAAAAAUUUGAUCGGAGUGAAGUGCAAGAGUUGCUAACUACUACACAACUUAACUGGUUGUCUACCAAAGAAGAUGCCCGCUCCCAGUUUGACAUGCCAUGUGGGAUUAUAAAUCAAAUAAAUAAUGUCGGCUUUAAUACUGCCAUCUUGCUAACACCCGUGGACUCUACUGCACUCUUAGACUACAGAGAAGUCCAUCAACUAAUAAGGGAGUUGGCUGUUGGAAUUUAUUGCUUAAAUCAAAUUCCUUCAAUCAGUUUGGAAGCUAAUUAUGAUCAGAGUUCUUCUUGUCAGCUACCUCCAGCUUAUUAUGAUACCAGAAUUGGGCAAAUUCUCAUAAAUAUUGACUAUAUGCUGAAAGCAUUGUGGCAUGGACUAUACAUGCCCAAAGAAAAACGAGCCCGCUUCUCUGAAUUGUGGCGGACCAUCUUGGACAUUGAUCAAGAUGGGAAGCCUCAAACAAAUAGAAGUAUUUUUGGAGAGUUUAAUUCAUCAGGUUUGAUUGAUAUUACAAAGGAUCCAGACUUUGAAGGAAUCUAUGAUAGUGACUUGAAUGAUGACCCAACUUAUUUUCCCAAUAGCCCUGAAGAAAAAGCUGUGUUUAUGAAAUACGCUGAAAACAUUAUACUGAAGAUGACAUUCACUACCACAAAAAUUCAACAGCAUGAAAAUAUUUUUAUAUUUGAAACAGACUAUUGGCUUACGAAUGCAAUCAAAUAUAAUCAGGAGUAUCUUGAUAUUUGUACCUAUCAGAGACUACAACAAAGAUUGAGUCUUCAGAAAAGGGUCAUUCAAAAACACUUAGAGACAAAAGCAGAAAUCAGAAGAGGGUUAGGAUAUCUAAAGAUAAUAUGUUUUCUGAUUCCACUUCUGCUUAGUCUAAGAAAGAAAAUGAAAGUUCCUUAUCUAAAUAGUCUGCUCCACCCUUUUUCAGAUGACAAGGUCAAGACAGAGCGAGAGUUACCUCCAUUUAUUUAUGGACGAGAUUUUAAAUGCCAGAAUUUCCACUACAAAGAGGAUCAAUAUUUUCAUGUUCAUGGAGGAAUUGAAUUUGAUAUCAGCACUCCUUCAAUUGAAAAUGCUCUGGAAGAUUUUAAGAACAAUAUAGGAAAAAUACGGGAUUGUGCUGCUAGUUCAUUUGCAGAAGAUUCAGGCUACAAAGAAUAUUACUCCAUCCCAGUCAUGGAAUUUAAUGGAAAAAGUUACUAUGUUAUCUGUUUUGAACUUGAAACGUACUAUCAGAAAAUGUAUAAGGCACAAUGGUGGGGCGCUAUAAAUGAAAUCAUGAAUAAUCUUAGACUGAAGAGACUUCCGCUAACAGAUGUUCAAGUACAUGAACAAUUUAAGAAAAAAUUCGGUUUCAAGAAAGCCAUAAAAUGCAAGAAUAUUCCAUAUGGCAUGAAGUCUGCUGUUGAAAGAGGAUUAUCUGCUGUUUUCCAUACAUUUAGCCGUAAAACCUCCAGCUCAACCAUCAAUAUUUCAGAUGAAGCAGGUUAUACUAUUUUCCAUCAUGCUGCUCUACAUAACAGGGUUACUAUUAUAAGUCAAUUGUGCAAUAGCAAUUUCAACGUCAACCUAAGACGCUUUAUUAUGUCUACCCAAGGUCCGACCCCUUUGCACCUGGCUGCUCAGGCAGCGUCUUUGGAAACAACCCUCUGCCUCCUCAGUUUCCGAGCUGACUAUACACUUUCUGAAAAAAGAGGCUGGCUGCCAAUUCAUUUCGCUGCCUUCUAUGACAAUAUCUGCAUCAUCAUUGUGCUCUGUCGAAAGGAUCCUAGCUUGCUGGAAACUGAGACCACUGCUGAGAACCAGUGUACCCCACUGUUACUUGCUGCUACUUCAGGAGCAAUGGACACCAUUCACUAUCUAUUAUCUCUUGGUGCAAACUGGAGAAAAACAGAUAACAAAGGAAAUAAUAUAAUUCAUUUAUCAGUGCUAAACUUUCACACAGAGGUUGUCAAGUAUAUAAUAAAGUUGGACAUUCCUGAACUCCCAGUUUGGAAAACUUUAGUAGAAAUGUUACAGUGUGAAAGCUACAAACGAAGAAUGAUGGCCGUUAUGUCCUUAGAAGUACUUUGCUUAGCAACUGAGACAUAUUGGAAAUAUAUUUUGGAUGCAGGCACCAUUUCUGCCUUAAUCAACUUAUUGAAAGUUCCCAGAAUAAAAUUACAGUGCAAAACAGUUGGGAUGUUGAGUAACAUAUCUACACAUGAAAGUGUGGUGCGUGCCAUAGUAGAUGCAGGAGGCAUUCCAGCUCUGAUCCACCUGCUGGAUUCUGAUGAACCUGAGCUCCAGUGUCGCUGUGCUGUCAUUCUUUAUGAUAUCGCCAAAUUGGAAAAUAAGGAUGGGAUCGCCAAAUUUAAUGGAAUUCCAGCUCUGAUAAAUCUUUUGAAGCAAAACAUAGAAAGUGUGCUAGUCAAUGUAAUGAACUGUCUACAGGUAUUGUGUAUGGGAAAUAAAAAUAACCAAAAAGCAGUAAGAGACCAUAGAGGCAUCUCAUAUCUUGUCUCAUUUCUGAGCUCUGAUUCAGAUGCCUUAAAAGCCGUUGCUGCUGCCACAAUUGCUGAGGUCGCACGUGACAACAAGGAAAUUCAGAAUUCCAUGGCUGCAGAAGGGGUCAUUCCUCCUCUGAUCGCUAUUUUUGGAGGAAACCACAUCAGCGUUCAAGUGAAGGGAGCAAAGGCUGUGGAGUCACUGUCCACUUACAACUCCCGCAUCCAGAGAGCGUUUCUGGAAAACUCAUUAACUAAGUAUCUCUUAAAACUCCUUAAGGCAUUUCAAAUAGAUGUUAAGGAACAAGGUGCAGUAGCACUUUGGGCCUUGGCAGGGCAAACACUGAAGCAACAAAAGUUUAUGGCUGAACAGAUUGGAUACAACUUUAUAAUAGAUAUGCUCUUAUCACCCUCAGCAAAAAUGCAGUAUGUUGGGGGUGAAGCAGUCAUAGCUCUAAGUAAGGAUAGCAGGUUGCACCAAAAUCAAAUCUGUGAAGGAAAUGGGAUUGCACCACUGGUUCGCUUACUGAAAAUCAGUAAAAUCGCGGAAGGUACACUUCUGAGUGUCAUCAAGGCAGUGGGAUCUAUUUGCAUUGGUGUUGCUCACACAAGCAAUCCUGUUAGUCAGAGAUAUGUUGUAGAGGAAAAUGCUCUGCCAGUUCUUAUUCAACUACUGAGAACUCACCCUUCUCAUUACAUUAAGGUUGAAGUGGCAUUUUCCCUGGCAUGCAUUGUCCUAAAUAAUGAUAAAUUACAGAAUGAGUUACAAAGAAGUGAAGGAUUUGAGUAUAAUGAUGUCCUUUAUCUUCUUCAUUCACCAGAAAAGGAUAUUUGUUUAAGAGCAGCUUAUGCUUUAACACUUUUUGCCUACAAUAAACGCUUUCAACAGUUCUUGAUAUUAGAAAGUGGAAUAAUUACCAUAUCAAUUUUUGAACCUUUUCUUGAAUCAACAGAUGAAACUGAGAAGGCAAUGGCAGCAUUUCAGAUUAUUAUAUUAGCUAAAGUUAUUAUUGAUGUGGACCAUGUUACUUUGACUGCAAGAGGAGUUACAAUUUUAGUUGAGAGCCUGUAUUCAAUUCAGCCCAACACUAUUAUAUUGACAGGAAAUUUAAUAGCUAGCUUGGCUCAUUCUAGACCUGGUAUUCCAGAAGCAUUUGCCACAUUAGGGACUAUCCAACGACUCUGCUAUCAUUUGUACUCAGGAAUGGAUGAGGUUCGCACAGCUUGUUCCUGUGCUCUUGGCUAUUUAAGUUAUAAUGCAAGUGCUUUCCGAAUCCUGUUGAAAGAAUGCAGGAAUAAGCCUAAUCAGUUCCUUCGUAUAACAAAUAAUAUCAGCAAAGAUGCAAGUAUUAAUCCAUUAUUUUUAAAGGAAUUUCAAAGGCAACAAAGAGUGGGACUUCCUUCCUUAAGCCUGGAGAAUAAUGGGGGACCAUCCAUAAUUCCUGUCUUUAAAAAAGGGAAAGAGCACCGAAGAAAAUCCAAAACUAAAAUGCAACCAAGAGACUCUCUGACUUUAAUUCCUCCUAAAACUAACCUCGUGGGACUCUUCCAAUCAUCAAAAAAGGCCGCUAUUUCUCAGAAUAUUCUUUCAUUUUCAACCACAGUUUCAGCAGAUAUUGUAAAUGUAUCCAGACCAAGAAUAGUGUUUUUAAGUCAACUUGGGAGAAAUGCACAAAAAAAUAGCUUGGAGCCCUCUGAAGGUCAAUAA